AUGGCGGAGCUGUGCCGCACCGACUCGCGGCUGACGGCUGUGGAUGAGGAGGCACUGUGGGAGAUGAUGGAGAGCCAUCGCUACAAGAUCGUGCGCAGCAUCUGCCCCAGCCGCCUCACCCCCUACCUGCGCCAGGCCAAGGUGCUGGGCCAGCUGGACGAGGAGGAGGUGCUGCACAGCCCCCGCUUCACCAACAGCGCCAUGAGAGUCGGGCACCUGCUGGACCUGCUGAAGGCUCGAGGGAAGAACGGGGCCCUCGCCUUCCUGGAGAGCCUGAAGUUCCACAACCCUGACGUCUACACCCUGGUCACGGGGCUGCAGCCCAGCGUGGACUUCAGCAACUUCAGUGGCCUCAUGGAGACGUCCAAGCUGACCGAGUGCCUGGCGGGGGCCAUCGGCAGCCUGCAGGAGGAGCUGGCCCAGGAGAAGACACACAAGGAGGCCCUCCUGCGGCAGUACCAGCGACAGCAAGAGCGCCUGGGCCUGGCAGAGGCCCGCGCCAAGGAACUGAGCCAGCUGGAGGCUGACCACGGCCGCAUGAAGCGGGAGGUGAGCGCCCACUUCCACGAGGUGCUGAAGCUGAAGGACGAGAUGCUGAGCCUCUCGCUGCACUACGGCAACGCUCUACGCGAGAAGGAGCUGGCCAGCACGCGCUGCCGCAGCCUGCAGGAAGAGCUGUACCUGGUGAGGCAGGAGCUGCAGCGGGUAAGCAUGGUGUCCUCCUGUGAACGGGAAUGUCGAGAAAGGUCCCUGAAGAUGAGCAGCGACUCGGACCCUGAGGGCGAGGAGCUGAGCCGCCUGAAGGAGGAGAAUGAGAAGCUCCGCUCACUGACCUUCAGCCUGGCGGAGAAAGACAUCCUGGAGCAGAAUCUGGACGAGGCCCUGGAGAGCAAGCAGGAGCUGGUCAACCGCAUCCACUCACUGCGGGAGCGGGCGGUGGCCGCAGAGAGGCAGCAGAAACAGUACCUGGAGGAGAGAGAACAGACCCUGCUCCAGUUCCAGAAGACACAGGUGGACUGUGAGCUGUACAGAGAGAAGAUGAGCGCGCUGCAGAGCCAGGUGGCCGAGCUGCAGAAGGAACGGGACCAGGCAUACGCGGCCAGGGACGGGGUGCAGAUGGAGAUUUCCCGGAGCCUGACGGAGAAGGACUGCCUCCGCAGGAGGGUGUUUGAGCUGACGGAGCAGGUGUGCGAGCUGCGCACCCAGCUGCGCAGGCUGCAGGAAGAGCCCCCCGCAGGGCCCAGACAGGAAGCCAGGGCCAAGGAGCUGUGUCCGCGGGGGAAGCAGCGGCUGGUGCGGAUGCACGCGGUAUGCCCGCAGGAAGACAGCGAAGACGGCGGCCAGCUCAGCAGCCUCAGCUCCAUGGAGUCCCAGCUCUGGUGGGACCUGAGUGUCACGUCCAGCCGCGAGCUGGCCAACAGCUUCCGCUCCAGCAGCCCGGUGCCUCCCAGCCAGCAGUCCCUGUACAAGCGGGUGGCGGAAGACUUCUGGGAAGACCCCGAGUCUGUCAGCCCCUUCCCAGACACCCUGGAGGCGGACCUCGGGGCGUCUCUAGGAGACAAGGAUGACACAGACCUGGGUUAUGAGAUCCUGGACAAGACGGACCUCCCCCAGCCAGAGGGCAGCCUGCAGAGGUCUGCCAGAAGUGUGGACGUGCCAGAAAGCGCCCCUGUGCGGCGGAGGCCAGCCCGCAAGAUCCUGAGCCAGGUCACCGUGCUGGCGUUCCAGGGCACCGCGCUACUCAAGCAGCUGCGCGUCAUUGGAGGGAACCUCACGGGCAUCUUCAUCCACCACGUCACCCCUGGCUCCGCCGCCGACGGCAUGGCCCUGCGCCCCGGCACCCAGAUCAUCAUGGUGGACCAUGAGGCAGCAGAGCCCUCGUUCAAGGCCACCCUGGAGAACACGACCCUGGAGCAGGCGGUCCGGCUCCUCCAGAGGGUCAGCGGCUUCUGCUGCCUUUCUGUGAAGGUCAACACUGAGGGUUACAAGAAGCUGGUCCAGGACCUGGAAGCCAAAGUGGUGACAUCGGGAGACUCCUUCUACAUCCGAGUCAACCUGGCCCUGCCGGGGCGGGGGGAGGGGGAGCUGCCCGUGCACUGCAAUGACACGCUGCACGUCACGGACACCAUGUUCCAGGGCCGCGGCUGCUGGCUGGCCCACCGCCUGGACCCCUACAGCAUGCAGCACACGGACCACGGCACCAUCCCCAACUACCCGGGGGCUCAGCAGCAGCUGCUCACCCUCAUCCAAGACAUGACCCAGAGGGGGCCUGCCCGCAAGUCCCCCGGGGGGCCUCAGAAGCUGGUCCGCAUCGUCAGCGUGGACGGAGCCAAGGCCGGCCCGCUGUGUGCGCCCUUUGCUGAGAGCCAGCUGGACGCGGGCAGGGUGGAAGACCGUCCCAGCACCUGCUUCUGGGCGGAGAGCUGCUUCACCCUGGCCCCCUACACGCCCGUGCACCCCCACCGGCCCACGCAGCCCCGGCCGGUGCUCAUCGUGCCCAGCAUCGUCGGGAAGAUCCUGAGCGCAAAGCUGUGUCUCCUCCAGGGGUUUAAGAGGUGCAUAGCAGAGCACUUGAGCCAGGAGGAGUUCGAGCUCCGGAGCCGGAGAGGGGACCUCAUCCAGGAGGGAGAGGCAGCUGGUGGCCGGUGCUGGGUGACCCGCCAGGCUGUCGAGGGCCUGGCAGAGACGAACACCCAUGCCCUCCUGGAUGUGCGGCUGGACAGCGUCCACAUCCUGCACAGGAUGGACAUCUUCCCCAUCGUCCUCCAUGUCUCAGUCAACGAGAAGACAGCAAAGAAACUCAGGAAGGGCCUGCAGCGGCUCGGCACCUCGGAGGAGCAGCUCCUGGAGGCGGCCCGGCAGGAGGACGGAGAGCUGGACAAAGUGCCCUGCCUGUACAGCAGCCUGGCCCCCGACAGCUGGAGCGACCCGGACAGCCUGCUCAGCUGUGUCCGCCUGGCCGUUGCAGACGAGCAGAGGAAGGUGGUGUGGACAGAGCAGGGCCCACUCUGA